AUGGAUAGAAUAUCCGAGUUGCCGGAAGACAUCUUGCAGAGAAUACUUUAUUUCCUGCCACAAAGUGCAGCUGUCCGAACAUCUGUACUGUCCAAGUCAUGGCGCCAUAUUUGGUGUACUCGUUCCAAUCUUUCGUUCUCACAACUCAACUCCAAAGUUAACGAACAAGAAUUUCUAACCGUUGUUGACAAGACUUUACGGCGAUACUGUGAUCAAAGGUUGUGCAUAGAUGAAAUCCUCCUUUGCAUGUUUUCGUGUCACGAAUUGGUUUCGCUUCUCGAUAAAUGGAUCCCGUUACUCGCAACCAUUGGCGUGAAGGAGUUUUGUCUUUUUAUUCUUUCGAAAGAUCGUAAUCUUUCGGAAGACGAUAAUCGGGACUCCUUGGAUCUUCGCGUAGUCUUUAAAGCCGAAUCUCUCAAGAUUUUGGGUCUGCAAAAUUGCACUUUGGCCAAAAACGAGAUCUCCGACAAGAUACUCUCGAGCUGCCCUUUGCUUACUACUGUGUGCUUCCACGAGUGUCAAGGGUUGAAAACUCUCAAGUUCGAUAAGAAGCUUCACAAAUAUCUCACGCAAUUCGCUUUUGUUAAGCACACGGCACACACAGUAGAAGAAUGCAGCAUCGAAAUCGACGCCCCGGCUCUUGAAAUAAUCGACGUUUAUGGCAGUAAGAUUCGAUUUCACGGCCAUAAUAGUAAUCUCAAGUCUUUAUCUCUAUUGAAUGUGGAAAUCUGCAGCAAUUCGUUGGCGGCCGAACAAUCUCAGAUACUACAUAUUGAUGCCCCAAACAUAACGUCUUUUGAAUAUUUGGGUGUCGUUAUACCAUCCAUCUCUUUCGCACCAACUUCCGGGAGGUCAAAUUUAGAGCUAUAUAUGCGGGAUGAUGAUGUAGACGAUGCUCAGUCGUGGUUAUUGAGACUAAGUAAACUUCUACAUGCUUUACGUAAAUCCGAAAUCCACCUCGAUAUUGCUCAACUUAGCAGGAACUAUGUGCACAUCCAAGAAGACAUUAUUAUUAAUGGCGGUAAUAAUGAACCUGUUGUGGUGGAGCAUUUGCAAUUCAGUAUUGGUAAUUUAUAUUCGUUUCCAUCUGUUUUAAAUGGUUUGUUUUGUAUUUGUCGUCCGAGAAACAUAACUCCGAGCUGGUUCUCGCACGAAAGUAAUUCCAACAAAGAAACGGAACUGAAGAAACUCGGCCAGUUUUUCCGCAAUAUCGAAAAGAUGAGAGAGAGUGGAAACCAAGAAAUCUGGCGUGAUUUGAAAGAUUUAACUCUUGAAGGAUUUGACGAGAGCCGACAACAGUGGCAGGUUUUACAAGUGACGAGGUUGUCGGAAUCUCCACUGCCGGACUUUGAUCGUUUUCGGGUUCGAUUGCAAUGGAGUGAUCGAAUACAAGAUUGUGACUCCACUUCUAGGAUUUUAGAAUCAUAG